UAUACCCCACACUCUCAAGAAUCAUCACCGGAAAAAUAGACAUCUCCAAGAAACACCAUUUUGAUUGUAGAUAAGAAGAGUUUAUAGUGCAUAACAAAGUUAACCCAAAUACCCCCCCCUCCCCCCCCCCCCAAAAAAAAAAAAAAACAAAAAAGAAAGAAGAGUAAAGUUCGAAGCUUUAUAAGGGUCUUCUUGAAAGUUGCUUGUUAGUUCCUCAUCUAUAUAUGCAUGAAAUGAAAUAGUUUAUAUACUAUAUAUUUAGGUGCAACUGUAAGUUUGUCUUUGUAGCUAUCUUGUUGCUUCCUUUGAACCUUCUUGCUUUUAUUUUUUUGGGGGGGUUUAAAAGAUCAAGUCUUUUAUUCUUUUUCAAGAAAAGGGGUUGUUUUUAAGUAAUUCUUGGAAUUUUAGAUCGGUUAGAGUUGUUUUUCUUUUGUGGGGUUUGAAGUUUUCAAUCAAAGUGAAUUCUUGGACUUGGAAGUCAGCAGUUUAUGUUUCUGAAAAUUGUUUAUGAGGGUUCAAGUUUUUCCUAGCAUAAAAUAUCCAUAGUAUUGACUUUCAGUGUUGAGGAAAGAAUGGCUGUUUGCAAGUAAUUUUUGUGUUAUUUUUUGAGGAUGAGGCAUUUAGGGAUAAUCUGAUUUUCGAGUUUUGCAACGAUGAGUUGCAGUGAGAAGAGUAGAGAAAGAGAAGAGGAAGUGAAUUCUGUUGGUAGUGUAGAGAGAUAUGUUGAAGGUGUUUCGCGUAAUGGAUCAAUAGUAGUACCCUCAACACAAUUAGCUAUUGAUGAGAGAGUGUUGGUGGAUCCAAAACAACUCUUUAUUGGAACGAAAAUUGGCGAGGGAGCUCAUGGAAAGGUUUAUGAAGGAAGGCAUGGUGAUCAAAUUGUUGCGAUAAAAGUUCUAAAUGGUGGUAAGACCUCAGAAGAAAGAGCUUCACUUGAGGACCGUUUUGUUCGGGAAGUUGUUAUGAUGUCCAGAGUAAAGCAUGAGAAUCUUGUAAAAUUUAUUGGAGCUUGCAAGGAUCCUUUGAUGGUUAUAGUGUCAGAGCUGCUGCCUGGAAUGUCCCUUCGGAAGUACUUAGUCAGCAUUCGGCCGGAAGUUCUUGAACUUCAUGUGGCCUUAAAUUAUGCGCUUGACAUUGCUCGGGCCAUGGAAUGUUUACAUGCCAAUGGCAUUAUACAUCGAGAUCUAAAACCUGACAAUUUGUUGCUCACGGCCAAUCAGAAGUCCGUGAAGCUUGCAGAUUUUGGGCUAGCAAGGGAAGAGACCCUCACUGAGAUGAUGACAGCAGAAACUGGGACGUACCGGUGGAUGGCACCUGAGUUGUACAGUACUGUUACAUUGCGUCAGGGGGAGAAGAAGCAUUAUAAUAACAAGGUUGAUGUUUAUAGUUUUGGCAUUGUCUUGUGGGAAUUACUGACAAACCGCAUGCCAUUUGAGGGAAUGUCGAAUUUGCAAGCUGCUUAUGCUGCUGCUUUUAAGCAAGAGAGACCUAGUAUUCCAGAAGAUAUUUCUCCAGACUUGGCAUUUAUCUUACAAUCAUGUUGGGUGGAAGACCCUAACAUGCGACCGAGCUUCAGCCAGAUAAUUCGGAUGCUCACUGCAUAUCUCUUCACACUUCCACCGCCCUCACGGUGUGUACCAGUAACCGAAUCUGUGGAGCAGACGGUUUCCAGCAAUGGUACUAUUGUUGAGUUUUCUGCACGAGCAAAGGGAAAAUUUGCUUUCCUUCGCCAACUUUUUGCUGCAAAGAAGGUUAAGAACUCACAGUAAGCUGGCACAUUUCUGACACUCGCUGGUAGGACAUCUUUCCAAGCAGAGGGAUGAGAAGUGUUGAACAGAAACAAUGUUAGUCGACUAACCAAUAAACAAAACAAAGGAAGAAAAACAAUAGUUAAUGUCAUUGUAAAGGAAGUUUCUUACCUGUACUCUCUUGUUCAUAUCCAAUCCUCUCAUUUUUAUGGGAACCUCUGUAGUUUAGGCCGUAUAGUAACACUUUUCUUUUGUAUUUAUCACUUGGUAUCAGGAUGGUGAUGGCUGCUUCCUGACAGAUGUUUCUAACAAUAUAUGUUGCCCUUUAGAAUGCUAUUCAUCUUAAGCUAAUUUUAUAAAUAUAUGUUACACUCCUAUUAUGGUA